AUACCUUCCGGUUUCUUACGUCAUUUAUCUGCGCUAAACUGAGUUGGCCAUUAGCAAGAGGACGUCUGCUGUCAACAUGACCAAACUUCUGGAGUGGUUGUUCGGCGUUUCUGUCGUCUUGGCCGUCUGGGCUGUGGUGGCUUUCGACCUGUUGGACUUGAAAGUGCCGCAGCCUUACAGAGAGGUUGCGUGGCCCAUGCCGCUGUACCUGUUGGUAUCCUUCGGCUGCUACUCCCUGGCCACGGUGGGCUACCGAGUGGCAACUUUUAAUGACUGUGAGGACGCUGCUAAGGAGCUGCAAAGUCAGAUUAAAGAAGCCAAAGAGGACCUUAAGAGGAAAGGACUGAAGAUGUAGAACAAUGCAAGAACCAUGUAUCUAUUUUUGCAAACAUGUGGACAUGUCUUUUAUAUUUUGUAGUAACAUUCCUGUGUGAGGUGAGAUUGUGUACAACUAAUUUCAGUGAUUUGCACCCACUAAAUGUGAUGCUGUUACUCAUCUGUCUUUGAAAGAACACAUUCUUACAUGUCGGUCUUGUAUGAACAUUCUUCUACCCUGAUUCAGAUGUGUGCCCUGCAGGAAGCGGAUUAAAUUAUUUUUCUUUAAUUGUUUUUGACCUCAAAUAUGUGUGUAUGCAGGAGGUACGCAUGUAUGAACAUAUACAUGUUAGUUGAUUACACUGUAUCAGGGUGUAUUCUGUGUCCAUGCCUAAGCAGAACUCACAUUCCCACAGUUUAGAAUCGUACCUUUCCACCGAUGGAGUGUGAUGAAACAAGUCCAUGAUGCAGCCUCAGGAGCAACUGGGGGUUCAGUAUCUUGCCCAAGGGCACUUCAACAUGAUCACUGUUUUUUCUACAGUGUCAGAAUUGUUAAAGGCAAAAAAUGUUAGCUUCUCAACAACUGCAG